AGAAAUGGCUGACGAUCUCUUACCGCUGUUAGGAGUAAACAUGGGGAACGGAGAUGGGGAUGAGGAUGACGAGGAAGAUGUUGAAGAAGAUAUGAUGGAUGAUGUUGAAAUUGAACUGAAUGUAUCUGACGAAGAAGAAGACAUACCAGAGAACAGGCCAACACAGAAACAGGAAUCAAAGAAAUUUACCAAAAAGACCAAAAGACAACAAUCAAUACCUAUAACAUUUGAUUCUUCUCUUCCAACUUCUCACUCGUACCUGGGAAGUGACCUUGAGGAUGUGAGAGGCCGUACAAUCCUUGAUGAUGACUCGCUGGUGACGCUACCCAUCAUCCAGUUACCAGGAAUGGUACUCAUCCCCGGCCAGACCAUUCCCCUUCACCUGUUUCACCAACACACAGUAGCCAUGAUCAAAGGUGUAGUGGACACAGACAAAACUUUUGGGGUUGUAGCCUACAGACAUACUCAUGAGGAGGGUGCCCACACCAUGGCAACCAUAGGAACCACAGCCGAGAUAUUCUCUGUAAGAGAUGAGACCGAUGACAACACGGGAUUGUCAACUAUGAGAGUCAAAGCCAAAGGUCGUCAGCGCUUUCAUAUUGUUGACACAGAACGUUCACCUACUGGGAUUUUAAUUGGAAAAGUAAAGAUAUUGCCCGAGAAGGUUUUGCCAGACUGUCUUGAGGGAGCUCGGCCUCCGUCCCACUGCAAGUUCUGUUGUCCUUCUGAUCAGGACAGUGUGGUCAAAACCUGCACAGCAGUGGACAGACAAGGCAACGUUCUGACCAGUGUAGCAAUGGUUAACAAAAGACAGAUUAACAAGUUCACUGCUGCUUGCUUCACCUGGUGGCCACCUUGGGUUUACAAAAUGUACGAUGCGGAGCUGGUGAUGCAGCGGACAAAAGAGGAACUUCACAAAUGGAAUGAAACAUUUCGACCAGAGAAUAUGCCUCAAGAUGCAGUAGAGUUGUCAUAUUGGGUCACACAGAACCUGCCUCUCGAUGAUGGACUCCGUGUCAACCUCCUUAGUAUAGACAGUGCAGUACAGAGGCUGCGGUGUGCCCUGAGCAUCAUAGAAAAAUGUUCUAUACUCUGCUGUAAGGGCUGUGGAUACCAGGUAGCGAAUAAGAAUGAUGUUUUCAGUCUGUCCAUUGAAGGGCCUCUCGGGGCUUAUGUCAAUCCUGGAGGUUAUGUUCAUGAAACUAUGACGGUGCAUAAAGCUCAAAAUUUGAAUCUGAUUGGACGACCUUCAACAGAACAUAGUUGGUUUCCAGGCUAUGCCUGGACAAUUGCCCAGUGUCGACGCUGCAACUCUCACAUGGGCUGGAAAUUCACGUCCACGAUGAAGGAAUUGAAGCCUCAAAAAUUCUGGGGGCUGACAAGGUCCUCUGUGGUUCCAGGACUGCACAACUUGGAGGAGAGUGAUGAGGAUUGGAUGCCAGUCAUGUGAUUAGGAAUGUGUUACAUAUUAAAUUGCAAUAGAAAUGUCUUGUCAUGUGAUUGGGAAUGUGCUAUAUAUAGUGUCCUAUCAUAUGAUAAGAAUGUGUGGUAUAGUGUACUUAUCAUGAAGUCUUCAUAUGAGAAAAUGUCUUCUAAGUGAAGAAUGAACUGGGUAUUAUUUGCUAUCAAUGUUACUGCGUCAAAGUUUUUCGCCAUACUUAGCUGUACAAGGUCACAGUACAUUUAUCUAUAUCGAUAUCGUGGUAUUUUACUUGUUGAUCUUACUGCACUAACCUAAUAGCAGUUUAUACUUUUGUAGAAAGGAAGUAUUUUGUCUGCUUAUUCAUGAUGGUGCUUAUAUAUGGACGUUGCACAUUAAGUCACUGUAAACCAUAUUGCAUUUGCAUCAUUAAACAACAUCCAUGAUAGAAUGGUCUCCUGGUGCAAUAUGUAUAUGCUAGUACAUUCACCAAAUUCACCAGGGUGAACAGGUUUUGAUCACUGAUUGGAUGUGAAAAAGGUAUUAUCACCUGCAAACAAUGUGUGUCUCCCGUUUUAUCCUGUACUGAGAUCCCCGUGCUUCCAUUAAAAGUUAUAGGUAAAGUACCUGGUAAGAUAAAAUUUGUACUCUUGAAAUGUACAUUCUUUUUUUUCAAACUUGAAAUAGAAGUGAGUUUUUUUUAUGAAUGAUUUGAAUGAUUUUAGGAUGUGUUAGAUAGUGAAAAGUUACUGUGUGAUCCUGGAAUAUGCUGUUAAUAUACUAGGUAGUAUCAAAAGCUUGUAUACAUAGCGUUGUGAUACAAUGGUCUGAAGGAUGAAAAGGUGUAAAUGUUUUAUAAGAAUGAUAGACAAGUUGAUGAGGAUAUGAUGAAAUAUUGUCGUUGGAACAUAAUUUACUGAUAUCUCGAUGAUUUUUAAAACCACCUGUAGGACACAUGUGGCUUGUGCUUUACAUAGUCAUGGAAUUUCUCGUUACCUGUGAUCAGAUCUGGCAUACCUGGUGUACAAAUAUUACAAGUGUCAGGUCUCUGGCAGGUUAUUGUAUCAUGUGUUUUAGUAAGGAGUCCAGAUGUCAAGUGAAAAUGAAGACAGAUUUAAUAGAAGAUUUAUCAGGAUUUAUUUGAAGUUCCUGGAGAUAUAGAUAAAUUUGUUUUGCAAAUUAUAUUUUGUAUAGCUCAUGUGAAGGCCAAGGGGAUGUUUAAAAUUUCUUUAAUUUCCAUAUCCUUGAAUCCCUGAUGUCUGUACAUUGGAAAUAUAUGCAGCAGGCGGCCGCUGGCCAGAAAAUGAGAAAUGUAUUUUGUAUACCAAGGUAUGUUAUGCUAUGUCUGUGAUAUUGACGAUGAAUGCACUGAAAAUACAUUGUUUGUCUUUUUGAAAUUCCAACUCUCUAGUGUUGGUGUGGCAAGUGCACACUCUUUUCACCAAGGCUGCGAGGAUUUAUAGUUAGAUUCAUUGAUUGGCUAUGAAAGGAUUGGGGGUCACUGCUUGACCACAUGGAGAUUUUCUCCAUGUUGAAACCAAUAGUAAAACUAGUACUCCCAGUGUCCUUUCAUUCAAUCCUAUAAAAUGCGGUAAAGAAAUCAUGUAUUGACGAAUCAGUUAUUUUUUGAAAAAAAAGUUUACAGAGAAAAUGACAUUUAAUCAUCACUGAUAAAUCAUGAAACUUAUUUUUCCUUGUUGUAAAUUUCUACUCCAGAUCUUAAAGUUAUUCCUUCAAAGUCAGUCCCGUUAAAAUUGAAUCACACUUUUUGUUCCUCAGUAGCGUUAAUUGUAGACGAGUGAAACUUACUGUCUGGUCCAGGUUACUCAAAGAUUAGUAAGAAUAAAACCUGCAGUUCGUGAAAAAUUAAGUUGUUACCACAGAAAAUACAAAAGCAUUCAAGGUAAAAUUAACAUUCAAAAUACAUCAAUCUGACUUGUCUUAACAAAUCUACAACUGUGAAAUGAUAAAGAAUAUUCUCAAUUUUUUUAAUUCAUAUUUGAAAAUUUUCACUAACCACUGGUUAUCCCUAAUGAGUCUUUGAAAACUGGGUCCUGGUUUCUAUAAUGUUAGCAUCAAUGUGUCAUUUUACACAAAUAUAGACUAUCACAGGGAUAUCAACAUCCUGUUUGGAUUGUUUUAUGAUAUAUGAAAUCUAAAAUCAGUUCCCAUUUCAUACACAAAAUUUCUGUGUGUGAAGUUCUCAACUGGUGUGGUGUAUUUUUAUAGGUUAGACAGAAGCGUGUACAUGUUUUCUCUAUCACUAAGCCUUCAGUGUCACCAUUUUCUCUCCACAUGUCAUUUCCUUAAUAUAAUGUCAAAUGUCUCAACAUCAUGUCCUUUGUCUUUAAUUCUUACAUCACAGUUGAUGAUAAUUCUCACCGUGCUACUGAAAGGCUGAUCAUGUAUGGGUAAUUUUCAGGAUGGUUUGCCCACCUGACCCAAAGGGCCAAGUGAGCUUAUGGCAUACUGCAGCAUCCAUCAUCAUUUCCUACAAAUUGCUACUAGUCAGAAAUGAAAAAUCAUAGUUUUCAAAAUUUCGGUGAACUGAUUUAGGUGAGCAAUACAGGCCCUAUGGGCCUCUUGUACAACCUAACACCAGAGUCUAGGUAAGGCUUUCACAGAUGAAAGUAGGCUAGGCCUCCAUUUGUCCGACAGUUUUGUGGCCCAGGAUUAGGUCUCCACCAGUAUGACUUUUUGUGGACCUCGGCAAUGCAUCCACAGCUUUGACUGUUUUAUAGAACUGAGCGAAUUCUCCAUUUGUGAGUGUUUGUGGUCCUGGGCUUGGCUAGUUGUUCCCUUGUGUAACUUUUUUAUGGUUCAAGGCUAGAUACCCCAUAAUGCAACUUGCUUUAUGGCCCAGGGCUAGACCUACCUUUUUGUGACUGUUUUAUGGCCCUGUGCUAGGCAUUCCUUGUGUAACUGCUUUAUGACUGAGGAAAAGGCAUUCUCUGAUGUGAUCAGCUGGUGUGACUGUUUUAUAUCCCUGGGUCAAAUCUCCGCUGGUGUGACUGUUUUAAAGCUCUGGGCAAGGCCUCUGCUGGGGUGACCGUUAUAUUGUCCAGUAACACUUUCAUGCUGUGAUGACUAAUCUACAAGAUAUACUUGUCAUUGAGUGUUCAGUCAAAAGACUAAAACAUAAGCAUCUCCCAACCAGCACCACUAACAAGGUAUAUAUAGUUUUAAGGUUCUUUUAUCAUGAAACAUAUGUGAUUGUUUGGCCUUGAGAAAUUAAUAAAUUGAUGUUGUUAUGGCUUGCUGAAACACUAAAGCUGGCUGAUGUUACAUAAAAGAAAUUCAAUUCAA